GAAAAUCAAUGCUGGUUUUUAAAAAGCAAAUCUUUCUAUAAAGAGAAUAAAAGUCCCUCUCCCUUUCCUUCCCUCACCCCUACUGCGUACCCCUUCCCCUUCUGACUUUUCCUUGCCCUCCUGCCCCCGAGAAGAAAUGGGGUGAAUCCUGAAGGCUUUGGGGAUCUUUGAAAAACUGAGGCUGGGUGAAGUUAAGAAUGCCUUUCGUUACACCUCCUGACCAGAGAUUGAUGCAGAAAUGAUUUGUGCUAGGGUCAGUAGGCAGGUCAGAGAACCUGACAUCCAUUGAUCCACGAUUUGCCUUGGAUACUGUUGCUUGUUUUUGGAGAAAAAUUCUGAAUAAGGUUGGAGAGGGGAGAAAUGUCCUCAUACUUGAGGAUCAUGAAACAUGGUAGGUUAUAUGUACACCUAUAUGGCUUUAGGAAGUGAGCAUAGGCUCUUUCUGCUGCCUGGUGAGUGAGGAAGUGAGAGAGGGAGAAGGAAAGAGAGAGAGAGAGAGAGAGUGUGUGUGUGUGUGUGUGCGUGCGCAUGCGUGCACGUGUGCGUUCCUCCCUAUUAGGGAGUUAUGCAAAAUUUGUCCCAGAUUUUAUCUUUGUUUUUCCAUGUAAUUUUCAAAGAGUCCUAAGGAGUUAAAUCUUCUAGGUAUUUUCCACUUAGUAUUGCAGCCAAAGAGUAUUUAAAUAAAUGUCUUUGCUGCACUCACAUCUGUGCCCAGCCAGUAUGCACCCGUAAGCAGAUACAUAAAUCUUUUGAUAUGGUUGGUCUCUCAUUGAACAUAUUUAGUAAUAAAGCUGGGUCAAUCCCGCUUUUGGUGCUCUCACCUUAUAUUGAAGAUCUGCAAACAUGACAGAUGUUCAGGGUGGGAAGAUAAACCCCUUUUAAAAACCCCAUACUUGGCCAUACUUGCUGCAUUUUUCUGUCAGAAUCACAUAUGAUGUGUGUUCUGUAGAGGUUAUUUCUGCAUGGAAACUCAACUUCUUGGAUCAGCAGUCCCAGGGAACUCUUCACUGCCGGGGUUUAAACCAAAUACCAAGUCUUGCAAAGUAGCCUCCUUCGUCCCAUUUCCAGUUCAGUCUGGCUAGAAACUUGAGACUUGGGUCUGUUCUGGACCCAGAGUUCUUCCUCUUUGCUCCCUCCAAUCUUCAGAUUGGAUUUUGCUUUAUGAUACAAGAGUAUGAAUCCAUGUGAUAGAUGGGGCCUGGACCCCCAUUCUAACAGGGUCACGGAGUUAACGAUAGCCAUAUGAAUGCAGAUACAGGUUACUACUCUCUCUGUACCUUCCUCAGGUAACAGUCGUGUGUAUCAGCCUUUUUUUUUUUUAAUUGGCUCAGGCCAGUAUCUUAAGUGCAAGACUGAAUUGAUAAGGAGAAGACAUAUUAAACGUAGCCAUAGGAGACCAAGGAGCAUAGAUGACCUUAGAGAGGCUGAAAGAACAUCCUUACUGGGUUUCUCUCUCUUUUGUCUCCAGUCUGGUGCCAGGUAGUGGAGUUGAAAAGGAGACAGUUUAUUUUUUUAUUCUAUGUGCACACAUACAAUAUACAUAUAUAUUUAUAUCACAAUUUAAGAAGCCAAAAAGUUGAGUUUCCAAUGGAAUCCUUGUUUUUAAUAAUUGUUUUUAAAUGUGAUCAGGACUAUAAUAUUGUACAGUUAUUACAGGGCUUUGGGGGAAGGAGAGGUGAGGAAGAAGAUGCUCUGGGGGUUUUGUUUCGCUUUUCCUUCAGGGUUUUAUUUUUGAUCAUUUUGUUUUUUCCGUGUUGGCCAUUUCUGUACUGCCGGCAUCUGUGCUGAGCUUUACAAUGGCAGAAAUAAUGACAUGUAGCAAAGAUUUUAAAACAAGAUAUUUUUUCCUUUUGUAAACUUUCUUGUGUUGUGUGAUCUUGAUUGCGGCUUUAUUCCUUUCCAGCUCAUACACGACAAAUACCCACAACUACUUGAAUCCAUAGCUUGAGCUCCAAAUAUGCAAACAUAAAGCACAGUGUAUCUAUAAUUUCAGGAUCCAGAAAUCAUGAGGCCUCUGAUCACUUGGCACUCCUUGGUUGUCCUCCUGAUCCUGACUCAUUCUGAGUAAAAUCAGCAGGGACAUCUGACCAUGAAGGGGGGUGGGGAGUUGCCCGUGUCCUCCAGAGCAUACAGAGAGGAGAUGUGAGUCCAGUACGCACAGCACAUUCCUUCCCCAAGUUAUCUCGUGCUCUUCUGGAAUAAAAGGAAUUAGGGAUGGGGAAAUUUAAACUAUUCAGGUCUGGACUUGGUUUCCCUCUAGGACUAUGUGGUUCAUUACUAAAUCUUAAAACUUCCAGGCAUAAACCUGUGUUCUUGAGAGUCUAAAUGCAAUCCAGCUAGAAGCUGAAUCUAUCCAAUGUAUUUUCUGUUCCAAGGACCAUCUUACCCUCUUCUCCCGCCUCAUUUUAUGGAAGAAAGUGGAGUUUGGGGAUGUGGUUUAGGGAUUGAACUAGACUCUUAUGAUCUGUCACAUGCCUGGAUGUUGGGGGAAUCAUUUGGAGAAGCUCAUGUGACUGGUCCUGGAUUGGGGAUUUUAAUAAUUGAAACAGUUAAUGUUCAGGCAUCCUUCCAUCUGAGAGUUUUAGCAACAAAGAAGUCACAUGGGAGUUUGUCAGUGCUUCUGGUGCUGAUUCGAGCGCUGUUUGGGGUUACUUGUAGGGCCAGCUUCAUCUGAACUUCGGGCGUAUCCUUCCUCAGCAAAACCAUAUUGGGCUGGGAGAGGUAUUGACAACUUCUAGCCAACAAACUGAUAACAUACGAAUGAUUUGGGGCCUGUGGUCUCCAUUACACUCUUUUCUAGUCUUUCAUGUUUAUUUCUUCAUCCUUACUGUGAGGGUCGGACACAAAUUUGAAAACUGAGGUUUCAAAGUUGGGAGAGAUGGGUGAUCACAGGAAAAGGGCAGGAAAAGAUGUAAUAUAACUAUGAUAAAAGAUGCAAUAUAAUAAAUACUGUAUAAUAAAGAUGGGGGAGAGCAGGACUGUGUCCUAUUAACCAGCAGAGUGAAGGUAAGCCCCGGCUUGAAUGAGUGUGUGUGGAAGCCUUUUUGUCUGCCCUCAAAGACAGUCACGUGAAACUGAAUACCCAGCAGCUUUCCGCCUUGGUGCGCACACUCUACAUGCACACAAAACACUACGAAUCUGCUGCUUCCUGCCCUCUCCAACCCUGCUGCUCUCGGCGCUUCUUUCCCCGCCUCCCUCCCCUAUUCAGAUUUUCCAGCCAACAGCUGGAACUGACUUCCGCAAUCCUAAUGGAAUAAAUCCAGCACCCCAGUCAUCUGCCCACAUUAUCCACACUCCCCCACUGAAAGGAGCUCGGAGCACAGAACCCCGUCAGCAGGAUGUGGGGGCUCAAGGUUCUACUGCUGCUACCCAUGGCAAGCUUUGCUCUGUACCCUGAGGAGAUUCUGGACACACAGUGGGAGCUGUGGAAGAAGACCUACGGGAAGCAGUAUAACAAUCAGGUGGAUGAAACCUCUCGGCGUUUAAUAUGGGAAAAGAACUUGAAGCAUAUUUCCAUCCAUAAUCUUGAGGCCUCGCUUGGUGUCCAUACAUAUGAACUGGCCAUGAACCACUUGGGGGACCUGACCAGUGAAGAAGUGGUUCAGAAGAUGACUGGACUCAAAGUGCCGCCCUCUCGUUCCCGCAGUAAUGACACCCUCUAUGUCCCAGACUGGGAAAGCAGAGCCCCAGACUCCAUUGAUUAUCGGAAGAAAGGAUAUGUUACUCCUGUCAAGAACCAGGGUCAGUGCGGUUCCUGUUGGGCUUUUAGCUCUGUGGGUGCCCUGGAGGGCCAGCUCAAGAAGAAAACCGGCAAACUUUUAAAUCUGAGUCCCCAGAACCUCGUGGAUUGUGUUUCUGAGAAUGAUGGCUGCGGAGGGGGCUACAUGACCAACGCCUUCCAGUACGUGCAGAAGAACAGGGGCAUUGACUCUGAAGAUGCCUACCCGUAUGUGGGACAGGAUGAAAGCUGUAUGUACAACCCAACUGGCAAGGCAGCCAAGUGCAGAGGGUACAGAGAGAUCCCUGAGGGGAGCGAGAAAGCCCUGAAGAGGGCAGUGGCCCGAGUGGGGCCCGUCUCUGUGGCCAUCGAUGCCAGCCUGACCUCCUUCCAGUUUUACAGCAAAGGCGUGUACUACGAUGAGAACUGCAACAGCGACAACCUGAACCACGCGGUUUUGGCAGUGGGCUACGGGGUCCAGAAAGGACGCAAGCACUGGAUAAUUAAAAACAGCUGGGGAGAAAACUGGGGAAACAAAGGCUAUAUCCUCAUGGCUCGGAAUAAGAACAAUGCUUGCGGCAUCGCCAACCUGGCCAGCUUCCCCAAGAUGUGACCUCAGCUGGCCAGCCUCAUCCUGCUCUUCCGUUCCUUCCACGAGGGUGCAACGCACUAAUGUACUUCGGAGGGGAGUGGGGUGCCUCUCUCGAAGCAGAUGUAGCAAUGUAGAGAUUGUCCAAUCAGUAUCCCCGUUUGUUUGUGCUUUGAGUGACACUCCUACUACUUUCCCUCUCUCUGCACAAGGCCUUUCGUUUUCAUCGUGGCCACAGUAGCAGUUUUCCUAACAAGUGUGCAUUCUUCAGCUCAGAGAUAUGACCACGGCCCGCCCUGACUGCUGUUGUGGGGCUGACGCCGUGCACGCAGUCAGAAGCUGACUAUCUUUAGAUCGAUUCUUAUUCACAGGGACUAGUUAGCUUCAACCGUCUAGAGGAUUAAGGGGACCUGACCUCCCAGUCUCCGAGUUUACUUCUGGAUCCUGAAGUAGAAAUUUCUGUUUUCCACCCCAAUUCAUAAAUGUAUUCAUAAAUCUUUGGUACAAGUUUAUGUGAUAUUAGAAAUAUACUUUCUUUUGCCUUCUUUGCAUUUUUAAAGUAAACCAAGUAUUUAUCUGUCUCUAAUUUAAUAAAUAACCUAUUUAGUAAAUAUUCAUUUUGUGGCAGAUGCUGUGCUAGGUGCUGGAGACAAAAAAGAUUAAAAACCCCACAUAUUCCUUAUAUUUGGUGUGCUCCUGGUUUGCUUGGAGUGACUAUCACAUAAACAGUUCAUCCUAAUUCAUUUAUUUGUUCCUUUCUUCAGCCAACAUUUAUGAAGUGCUUGCUGCAUACUUUGAACUUGGUAAAUUUGGGGAAGUCCAUGGAUACAAGGAGACUUCAGUAUAUAAUUCUGUCUGUAAGGGAACAAGAUUAAUGACACAUGAGCCUGGCUCUUGAAAAAUACCGAGGCCCUUUCCUGCAGUUCUACAACCUGAAUGUUUGCUGUCAUCAAGAGGAAACUCUUGUAAUGGUUUCCAAGCAGUAUUAGUAACUCUGUAAGACUGUGGCUGGCCAAUAAUAAAUCAGCACAACUAUUUUGCCAUUUUUCA